GCUGGGCUUGGGGAGGGGGUAAGGAGGUGGGGGCAGCAGAGGCUUCGCAACCUCCCCAGGAGGACACAAUGCAGGCUAGGCUUAGCGCAGCGCCUGGGCCAGAUACCUAGGCGUGAGCGGAGCGGUAGCAUCAAGGGUACCCGGGACCAGACGAGCAACUGGAGCGAUGGGAGCAUCCAGACAGGCCCCAGAGAUGCGAGGAAGGAGCGCGCAUCGGGACACAAGGGGAGCCAGCCUCUAGCACGGGGGCAGAGCGGGGAAGGAGCCAAAGGUGGGCUGCCGUAGCUCCCGGGGACUGGCACCGAGGACCUGGUGCGGCUUCUGAAAUGCGGGAGCCCGGAGCGGGGAGACCGACAGCACUUUAGCACGGCCUCGGGGUCCUGUGUUGGAGUCCUUGAAGGGAGAAGCGUGGUCCUUAGGGACCCUGGGUGUGCCCAGCGCUUGUUAGCAAUACCCAGCUCCGCUCCAUCCCCCGCCAGGUCUCACCGCACCCCCAUCCUCGAUCCCCUUGCUCGGAUUUGCGUCUUCCCGAGUUGAGGCCGGCUCCCCACUCUGGGAGUCUAGGGAAGAGCGGGGCCUGCAGAGCCUGGUCCCCCACAGUGACCACGUGAUCCUUAGAACUUGAACUUGGGGGCGGCAGGUGGGAGCCGGGCUCGUUUCCUCUCGCUCUUCCACAUCCUGGAUCAGAACCUGGGACAGGAUCCCCACUCCCCUUGUGUGUGUGUGUCUCUCUGGCUCUUUUUGGAAGCAAGUUCGAACAAUGAUCACAAUCAAUUCCGAUGGGAAAAUAAUGGUCAGAAGAUGUCUGGUCACAUUGAGACCCUUUAGGCUGUUUGUUCUGGGAAUCGGUUUCUUCACACUCUGCUUCCUGAUGACAUCCCUGGGAGGCCAAUUCUCCGCCAGACGCUUGGGGGAUUCACCUUUUACUGUCCAUACUGAAGUUAUUGGUGCAUUGGAGUCCCGGGUUGUCCUACGCAAGAUGAGUGACCUAUUGGAGUUGAUGGUGAAGCGCAUGGAUACAAUGGUGCGUUUGGAGAAUGGCAGUGAAUUGCACAGGGGAGAUAAAGGACAUAUCAUAGAUAGGUUUCCACCAGGUGCCAAGUUGAUGGAGAAGAUCCAAGCCAUUGCCCAGAAUGUCUCUGACAUUGCCGUGAAGGUGGAUCAAAUCCUACGCAACAGUGUCAUACACAGCAAGGUGUCUGAAGGUCAACGGGAUCAAUGUGAGGUGCCCAAUGACCCCAAAUAUCCAGAUUGCUCUGCAAAGGUAGAGUGGAUGCAUGCUCGAUGGACUUCUGAUCCCUGUUAUGCCUUCUUUGGUGUGGAUGGCACUGAGUGCUCCUUCUUAAUUUACCUCAGUGAAGUAGAAUGGUUCUGUCCCCUAAUGUCUUGGAGGAAUCAAACAGCAAUGUUACCGGCCUCCAAGCCCCUCCCCGAAGUCCAGGCAUCUUUCAGGAGCAAUCUCUCCCACCUUUUGGAACUGAUUGGAAGUGGGAAGGAGUCAUUGAUCUUCAUGAAGAAGAGAAUCAAGCAAUUGGCAACUCACUGGGUUCUGGCAGCACAGCGCCUAGAAGCAAAGCUAAAGGGAGCUGGGAGAGACCAGAAACAGAUCCUCAUCCAUAUUGGUUUCUUGACAGAGGAAUCUGGGGAUGUGUUUAGCCCAAGAGUUCUGAAAGGAGGGCCCUUGGGUGAGAUGGUACAGUGGGCAGACAUCUUAGCUGUCCUUUUUGUCCUGGGCCAUAACCUGAAGAUCACUGUGUCCUUGAAAGAAUUGCAGAGUAACUUAGGGGUACCGCCAGGCCGGGGAAGCUGUCCACUCACCAUACCCCUGCCGUUUGACCUCAUCUACACUGACUAUCAUGGCUUGCAGCAAAUGAAACAGCACAUGGGACUGUCCUUCAAGAAAUACAGGUGUCGAUUCCGGGUGAUUGACACCUUUGGCACAGAACCUGCAUACAACCAUGAGGAAUAUGCUACUUUGCAUGGUUACCGGACCAACUGGGGUUAUUGGAACUUCAACCCAAAGCAGUUCAUGACGAUGUUCCCUCAUACACCCGACAACUCCUUCAUGGGCUUUGUGUCAGAGGAGCUCAACUCAACAGAGAAAGACCUUAUAAAGAACAACAAAGCCAGCAAUAUGGCUGUGGUAUAUGGCAAGGAAGCCAGCAUCUGGAAGAUGCAGGGCAAGGAGAAAUUUCUGGGCAUCUUGAACAAGUACAUGGAGAUUCAUGGCACUGUGUACUAUGAGACUCAGCGGCCACCAGAGGUACCUGCCUUUGUGAAGAACCAUGGCCUUCUGCCACAGCAGGAGUUCCAACAGCUAUUGCGAAAAGCUAAGCUCUUCAUAGGAUUUGGCUUCCCCUAUGAAGGUCCUGCUCCACUAGAGGCUAUUGCCAAUGGCUGCAUCUUCCUGCAGUCCCGCUUCAGCCCACCUCAUAGCUCCCUCAACCAUGAAUUCUUUCGAGGAAAACCUACUUCCCGAGAGGUGUUUUCUCAACACCCCUAUGCUGAGAACUUCAUUGGCAAGCCACAUGUGUGGACAGUUGACUACAACAACUCAGAAGAGUUUGAGGCUGCCAUCAAGGCCAUCAUGAAGAUUCAGGUGGACCCCUAUCUGCCCUAUGAAUACACAUGUGAAGGGAUGCUUGAGAGAAUCUAUGCUUAUAUCCAGCAUCAGGAUUUCUGCACAACCACAGAACCCUCCCCACUGAUGGGUCCACCCCAACCUGCUCGAGCCCCCACUUCCCUGGCACCCAACACUACACACCUGGUUUGGCCCCACAAUGCCAGCCUGGGUUCGGAAGCCUGGCCUCCUUUCCACUCAUUUCAGGGCUGGCUGGCAGAGACCGGGAGGACCUGCACAGAUGCCUGCUUGGACAGGGGCCUCAUAUGUGAACCUUCCUUCUUCCACUUCCUCAACACUCAGGAUGCUUUCCUGAAGUUGAAUGUCAGUUGUGAUCGAACUGAGUCAGAAAUGAAUCACCUGUACCCGGCUUUUGCCCAGCUAGGUCAAGAGUGCUACCUUCAGAAAGAGCCGAUACUCUAUAGCUGCGCUGGCUCCAACACCAAAUACCGCCGCCUCUGCCCAUGCCGAGACUUCCAGAAGGGACAAGUGGCCCUCUGCCAGCACUGUUUGUGAUAUCUAUGGGUUGAGCCAGGGGUAGGGGCUGCUAACGGCCUCCUUUGUGCCAACCUUCUUCUCUAUCCUCCUCUUCAUUUCCAUCCCCUGUCUCCCACCUUCACUGAGAACUGUCAGGAUAUGCUUGCUACCCUGCCCUAUUCCCAGGAGAAAGCACCAGCAGUUUUGGUUCUCCAUGACCCACCCUCCCUGACUCCAGGCUGGGACAUUCCUAGUGACAGUGAUGUGUCCUUCUCUGAGGCAGGAAAAUGGUAAGAGUAGAGUAGUAACAAACCUCCCUGGAGGAAAGGGGAAAAGGAUAUCUCAUCCCUUCAAUCUCGCUCUAGGCUUAGGAUUUGACCACUAAAAGGCCUAGAUUCUAGGGGAUUUAGCUGAGGGGAGAAGAUAUGGGUCAAAAAAAAAA